CCUCUUGGUGGCGUGUACUGGCCCACCCCUCCUCUCUUUCUAUCCCUGUCUCAGAUGCUGUUAUCCAGGCAGCAGGGAGGGAGGCUUGCAACAGACACUCACACUCUCUGCAUGGGUGAAGAGAGCUGGUGGGUUAGAGGACUGGAGGACAUCAGAGCUACCUCUGUUCUCUUCCCACGUUCAUCAUCUUGUGACUGUUUGUCCUUGGGCACAAAGAGAAAGUCACCUGGUGAGGUGGGGGCUUGUUUCCUUUGGAUGACAUACCUCUCUCCUGUGAGGACUUCUGAAAGUGAUCUAAAAGCUUUAGUUUUCUUCGUGCGGGAACGGUGAGAGGGCAGCCAUGGCUCACGCCGCGGCCCACAUUAAGAAGGCCAGGUCCGAGAUGGACCAGCCUCCGGAUCUGAAGGCUCUGGAGAAAGCCAGAGAGAGGAGGAGGCGUUCCCGGGAAAGGGCUGAACGCAAGCGCAAGUCGGACAGUAACACCAGUUUCCUGCGAGCAGCGAGGGCAGGAAACAUCGACAAGGUUUUGGAAUAUUUGAAAGGGGGAGUGGAUAUCAGCACCUGCAAUCAGAAUGGUCUUAAUGCACUGCACCUGGCAGCCAAGGAGGGCCAUGUGGAUCUGGUCCAGGAGCUGCUGGACAGAGGUGCAGCAGUGGAUUCAGCCACAAAGAAAGGAAACACAGCACUUCACAUAGCCUCUCUAGCUGGGCAGGCUGAGGUAGUGAAGAUCCUGGUCAAACGAGGAGCUGACAUCAAUGCACAGUCUCAGAAUGGAUUCACUCCUUUGUACAUGGCCGCUCAAGAGAAUCACCUUGAUGUGGUGCGAUACCUUCUGGAGAAUGGAGGCAACCAGAGCACUGCUACAGAGGACGGCUUCACCCCUCUGGCCAUCGCCCUCCAGCAGGGCCACAACCAGGUGGUUUCUAUCUUACUGGAGAAUGAUACUAAAGGCAAGGUCCGCCUGCCAGCCUUGCACAUUGCCGCCCGCAAGGAUGACACCAAGUCAGCCGCCUUGCUCCUCCAGAACGACCACAAUGCUGAUGUCCAGUCGAAGAUGAUGGUCAAUAGGACUACUGAGAGCGGAUUCACCCCCCUGCAUAUCGCUGCCCACUAUGGGAACGUCAAUGUGGCCACCCUCCUGCUGAACCGAGGGGCAGCAGUUGACUUCACUGCAAGGAAUGGGAUUACUCCCCUGCAUGUGGCCUCCAAGCGUGGCAACACUAACAUGGUUCGCCUGUUACUGGACCGUGGCUCUCAGAUUGAUGCUAAAACGAGGGAUGGUCUCACGCCCCUCCACUGUGCGGCUCGGAGUGGACAUGACACAGCUGUGGAGCUGCUGCUGGAGAGAGGAGCACCCUUACUGGCCAGGACCAAGAAUGGGCUGUCUCCUCUCCACAUGGCGGCACAAGGUGACCACGUUGAGUGCGUCAAACACCUUCUGCAGCACAAGGCGCCUGUUGAUGAUGUCACACUGGACUAUCUGACAGCGCUGCAUGUGGCAGCACACUGUGGUCAUUACAGAGUCACCAAACUGCUGCUGGACAAGAGGGCCAACCCCAACGCCAGGGCACUGAAUGGCUUCACUCCACUGCACAUAGCCUGCAAGAAAAACCGUGUAAAGGUGAUGGAGCUGCUGGUCAAGUAUGGAGCCUCUAUCCAGGCCAUCACAGAGUCUGGUUUGACUCCCAUCCACGUUGCAGCCUUCAUGGGUCACCUGAACAUUGUUCUGCUGCUGCUGCAGAACGGAGCCUCUCCUGAUGUCAGCAACAUUCGUGGAGAAACAGCGUUACACAUGGCAGCCAGGGCAGGUCAGGUGGAGGUGGUCAGGUGUUUGCUGAGAAACGGAGCAAUGGUGGAUGCCAGAGCACGGGAGGACCAGACUCCCCUCCAUAUUGCAUCCCGUCUGGGAAAAACAGAGAUUGUCCAGCUGCUGCUGCAGCACAUGGCCCAUCCUGAUGCUGCUACAACCAACGGCUACACCCCCCUGCACAUCUCCGCCAGGGAGGGGCAGGUGGAGACAGCAUCUGUGUUGCUGGAGGCCGGGGCUUCGCAUUCGCUGGCCACCAAGAAAGGUUUUACUCCCUUGCAUGUGGCUGCCAAGUACGGGAGCCUGGAUGUAGCCAAACUUCUGCUGCAGCGUCGCGCUCCACCUGAUUCUGCUGGGAAGAACGGCCUCACCCCGCUCCAUGUCGCAGCACAUUAUGAUAACCAGAAGGUUGCGCUCCUGCUUUUGGACAAAGGAGCGUCCCCUCACACUAUGGCCAAGAACGGCUACACUCCUCUCCACAUCGCAGCUAAGAAGAACCAGAUGGAAAUCGCCACAGUUCUGCUGCAGUUUGGAGCCGAGACCAACAUUGUGACCAAGCAGGGUGUCACUCCGCUCCAUCUGGCCUCCCAGGAGGGCCACACUGACAUGGCUGCCCUGCUCAUGAGCAAGGGAGCCCAGGUCAACGUCCCCACCAAGAGUGGACUGACUGCUCUCCAUCUGGCAGCCCAGGAAGACAAAGUGGCUGUUGCUGAGAUCCUCGCCAGAAACGGAGCCAACCUCGACCAGCAGACCAAAUUGGGAUACACCCCGCUAAUUGUAGCAUGUCACUAUGGUAAUGCCAAGAUGGUUAACUUCCUGCUUCAGAAUGGAGCCAGCGUCAAUGCCAAAACGAAGAAUGGAUACACACCCCUCCACCAGGCAGCCCAGCAAGGCAACACACACAUCAUUAACAUUCUGCUGCAAUACGGUGCCAAGCCCAACGCUAUCACUGUGAACGGUAACACUGCCCUGGGCAUAGCUCGGAGGCUGGGCUACAUCUCUGUGGUAGACACACUGAGGGUCGUCACUGAGGAGAUCAUCACCACCACAACGACGGUGACAGAGAAACACAAGCUGAACGUGCCAGAGACCAUGACUGAAGUGCUGGAUGUCUCAGAUGAAGAGGGUGAUGACACAAUGACAGGUGAUGGAGGGGAGUAUCUGAGGCCAGAGGACCUCAGGGAGCUGGGAGAUGACUCCCUGCCCGGACAGUAUCUGGAUGGAAUGAAUUACCUCCGCUUCAGCCUGGAGGGAGGACGCACUGACAGUUCAGACAGGUCCUUCACCCCCACCCACCACAGCUACUACUCCCCUAAACAUGAAGGCAUGAUGGACGAGAUGCUCACCAGCCACCAGGUUUCAUCACUUGCCAGAGAGAAUGAGAGGGAUUCAUACAGACUGAGCUGGGGAACAGAGCACCUGGACAAUGUGGCUUUAUCCUCCAGCCCCAUCCACUCUGGCCAUUCCUCUCCGUGCCAUGAUCAUGGAGACCACAGCAGCUUCCUGGUCAGCUUCAUGGUGGAUGCCAGGGGUGGAGCCAUGCGUGGUUGCCGGCACAACGGCCUGCGCAUCAUCAUCCCGCCCAGGAAGUGCAGCGCACCCACACGGGUGACGUGCCGGCUGGUGAAGAGGCACCGACUGGCUACCAUGCCCCCGAUGGUUGAGGGAGAAGGCCUGGCCAGUAGGCUCAUCGAAGUGGGGCCCUCUGGAGCCCAAUUUCUUGGUAAACUUCACCUCCCCAGUGCCCCUCCACCUCUUAAUGAGGGAGAGAGUUUGGUUAGCAGAAUCCUCCAGCUCGGUCCGCCGGGGACAAAAUUCCUCGGUCCUGUGAUCGUGGAGAUUCCCCACUUUGCUGCCCUGCGAGGGAAAGAGAGGGAGCUGGUGAUACUGAGGAGUGAAACAGGGGAAAGCUGGAAGGAGCAUCACUGUGAACACACCCAGGAGGAGCUCAACCAGAUACUCAAUGGAAUGGAUGAGGAGCUGGACACACCGGAGGAGCUGGAGAGGAAGCGCAUUUGCCGUAUCAUCACAAGAGAUUUUCCACAAUACUUUGCAGUGGUGUCGCGCAUCAAGCAGGACAGUAAUCUGAUUGGCCCUGAGGGAGGGAUCCUGAGCAGCACUGUUGUGCCCCAAGUACAGGCAGUUUUUCCUGAGGGGGCCCUCACCAAGAGGAUCAGGGUCGGACUGCAGGCCCAGCCUGUGAAUAUAGAUGUGGUGAGGAAGAUCCUGGGGAACAAGGCCACCUUCAGCCCCAUUGUCACUUUGGAGCCGCGCAGGAGGAAGUUCCAUAAACCCAUCACCAUGACCAUCCCUGUCCCCAAGAGCAACUCAGAUCCAGUCCUAAAUGGUUUUGGAGGGGACACGCCCACCUUACGACUGCUCUGUAGUAUCACUGGUGGAACUACGCCAGCCCAAUGGGAGGAUAUAACAGGAACCACUCCAUUAACGUUUAUUAAUGACUGUGUCUCCUUUACCACCAAUGUGUCUGCUAGGUUCUGGCUCAUAGACUGUCGGCAAGUCCAGGAAUCUGUCAACUUCUCCACUCAGGUGUACCGGGAGAUCAUCUGUGUCCCUUACAUGGCCAAGUUUGUCAUCUUUGCCAAGACCCACGACCCCAUCGAGGCCCGCCUGCGCUGCUUCUGCAUGACUGACGACAAGAUCGACAAAACACUGGAACAGCAGGAGAACUUCACUGAGGUGGCCCGCAGCCGAGACGUAGAGGUCCUGGAAGGCAAACCUAUCUAUGCAGACUGCUUUGGAAACCUUGUUCCCCUCACCAAAAGUGGCCAGCAUCAUCUCUUUAGCUUCUUUGCCUUUAAGGAGAACAGACUAGCACUCUUCAUCAAAAUCAGAGACAACACUCAGGAGCCAUGUGGCCGUCUGUCCUUUAUGAAAGAGCCCAGGAACUACAGGUCACUCACCCAAAAUGCCAUAUGCAACCUCAACAUCACCCUCCCAUCAUACUGCAAGGAAUCCGAUUCAGACCAAGAGCAAGAGGAAGAGACCAGCAGAACGCUAGAGAAAUAUGAAGAGACGGAGACAUCAGUCCUGAAAUCAGAGCUGAUUCGAGAACCAGACCUCCUAUCCGACGUGUCAGAGAUGAAACAAGAUUUGAUCAAAAUGACUGCCAUCUUGACUGCAGACUCCACUGAGAAAUCCCCUUCCUUAGGAGGGUGUGGUCUAGAGAAAGGGACUGAGGACGUUUCUGGAGAACCAUUAGAAAUAAUGGAGAAGGACUUAGAGAAAGUCAAAGAGGACCUAGAAAAAGUCAGUGAGAUACUAAGGAGUGGAACAUAUGAGGGUGAGAUGGCAGAGGAGGCAGCGAAAGCAGCUAGGAUGUCAGAGGAGUGGGUUCUCCUCACAGACAGUGAGAUAGAAGAGGCCAAAAAGAUGGCAGCUUUAGAAAUUCAAGAGCCUGUCUUACGUGAAACUAGAGCUAACAGAGGGGCUCCCAGACCCAAAGCCAUAAAGGACAGUGGUGACCUUAAAGAAUACCUCCUGGAUGCACCAGUAACCUCCAAAGUAAAAGCUAAAAAAGAAUCAGCCAUCCAAGAAAGAUUCACUGAUGUUGUACUACGCAAAAGUGCAAAACCAACUACUCCAACCAAAGUGCAUGACAAACCCACUGCUGGUGAUGUUAAAAAGCCAGUCAGAAGAAAGGGGAAAGACCAGGGGCAGGCAGAGGAAUCAACAGAGGCAGGUGCUCUUCUAAGUGUGCCUACAGCCCCUGCCCCAGCAUCGCCCGUAUCCCCAGUGGUUGAGGAAACUCCCAUUGGGUCAAUAAAGGACAAAGUUAAAGCUUUACAACAGAAAGUAGAGGCAGAGCAAAAGAGCAAAAAGGUCACUGGAAGCAAGCCUUCACAAUUGCCUGUUAUGAGCAAACCCUCUUCCAAAGCCAAAGAAAGCCCUAAAACAAAACAGCCCCCCCCCAAAUCCCCUAAAGCUGAAUCUGAAAAACUUGAGGAGACUAUGUCAGUUAAAGAACUGAUGCAAGCAUUCCAAACGGGGCAGGACCCUUCGAAGAGAAAGUCUGGGCUGUUUGAGCUCAAAACAUCCACUACGUCAAGAGCAGAGAAAACCACAAAAUCUGAAACCAUCCAAUCAAAAUCCAUGACCAAAGCAAUAACCUCACGUGUUUCUCAAGAGCGAGAAGUAUCUUUGGAUUCCAAACCAGGCAAGAAAGAGACCACUCAGCAGGACAGAGAGAAAGAAACCAAGUCAGUUGCUGCUGCCCAUUCAGAGCUGACUGAAACAGUAGAUUUUGGAAACGGUGGCCUUGAUGACAGCUCUGACAGCUUAAAACAUGAGGGUGUGGCAGACUCACUAAGUGCUAGUUCUGGAGAUGGAACCCCUCAUCUGAGCUCUGAGGACAGCUACAAACAUGAGGGUUUAGCCACUCCAGGCACAAGCCCUGAAAGUCUGUGUCUUUCUCCUAAAACUGGACAGCAGGCCGCUACAACCUCAGCACCAGCUACCACAACAGUCAAAAAAGAAAGUAAAGACACAGAGAAGUCUGGAGACUCUGGUGUAGGGGCCAGUGGUGACCAACUAUCUACAGAAUUGACCCUCCCUGUCUCUUCCAGCGAGGCUGCAGAUGACCACACUACAAGUGAGUCCAUAUCUGUUAGGAGGAGUGAGUCUAAGCCAUCUAAGCCUCAAAAGCUUACAAAGAGAAUUUCAGAGACUGUAGAAACUUUUCUUAGCGAUGAUGAGAGCCCUGAUCGUCAACUAACAUUGUCUUUAGUUGGUUCUCCAGCCCCUAGAUCCUCCUCUCAGCGCCAUGAAAGCUUAGAGCUGCCUUUAAAACAAGACUCAGAUGCUCUCAGUCCAUUAGCUGAUGACUCUUUGACAAUAAGCCACAGAGACUCUCUAGAGGGUAGUCCUCUCAUGGAAGAAAAUUCCUCCCAUAAGUCCCCAGACUCUAUUGAACCUAGCCCAACCAAGGAAUCACCCCCUCAUGACUCCUUAGAGAGCAGCCCUGUAGAGCAAAAAAGCCAACCUUCCUUCCCAUCAACACUAGGCCCACCUAGUAAAUCCUCUAGCCAUCCAGAGUCCUCCAAAUCUACAGAAUUCCCUCAUGAUGCUUUACGUGGUAGGCUGCUUCGAGACCAUGAGGCUAGUGCUGAUGAUGACAGUUGUGAGCAGACAUCUCAGAUGACAAGUUCUGGUAAGAGUCCCCUCUCCCCUGAUACUCCUAGUUCUGAAGAGGUAAGUUAUGAGGUAAACCCCAAACCCCCUGACCAUACAUUCCUCUCUGUUCCAUCCAAACCGGCUGUCAUCCCUGAAGACCCUGAAGAAGAGGAUACAUCAGACAGCUAUGAAGCUAAGAGAAAAAUCACUCCAGAGGAAGAGAUGUUUAAGAUGGCAGCCAAAAUAAAAACAUUUGAUGAGAUGGAACAAGAAGCGAAGAGCAAAAAGAACUCUAGAAAAGAUUUGUUUCCCUCAGCAGAUGCCAAAAUAGGGGAUGACAGCUAUGAAACAUUAGAGCCCACAACUGAGAAGCUUUCGCAAAGUGAAUGUGGGCUCAGUAGACCCACAGAAGAGUCAAAGUUAGCUCUUUUUGUUGAUCCCCAUAUUAAAGUACAACCUCCCUCUCCUUUUUCAGCAGGUUUGCAUGACGGAUCCCACAGCAAAGAGGUCCAGAACACAAGAGCCAGUGUCACUUCAGAGGGACCUCACUCUGUCUCAGACCAGCAUCAUUCAAAAUCCAAACUGGAAGCUGCACAGGAACAAAGAAUCCCACCGUCUCUAAAAGCUGAUAAAGACAGUAGUGCCAGAAAGGCUGCUGUAACAGCAAAUGCCGAAAACAGGACUGAUGAGCAAAAGGAGGAGUGCUUAAGGAAAUCAAGGGAAAACAAAGAUGAUAAGGAUGGUCAAGAGUCAGGUGUUAGCAGGCUACAGACUGGUAUGCUUAAACCAGGUAGCAAUGUAACAGAUGAAGUGAAAGGAGAUCACAGGGGGCAUACAGCAGCACCAGAAGCUGAACUUGGUGCAACUGUUGCCACAGAUCAAACAAAGGAAAUGUUCAAACCAGAGGUCUGUAUCUAUGAUGACACAGAGGAGGAUGAUGAGGCAUUGGAACCUCCCAGAACUGAGUCAAAAGGUGUCACCGCAAAGGUAGACACUGACUCAUGGUCUGCCAUGCGGGAGGAUGAUGCCACUUUUGCAGCUCGUGUCAAAGAGGAGGAACAGAAGAUACUUAAUCUGGUGGUGGACCGUCAGUCUCUGCAAGCAACUCCAGACACAACACCUGGUAGAACACCAACAGAGGAUAGCACUCCUACCAGUGAGCCCAACCCUUUUCUGUUUCAAGAAGGGAAGCUCUUUGAGAUGACCCGAAGUGGUGCUAUUGACAUGACUAAGAGGAGCUAUGAGGAAGAGGGGGGUGGCUUUGCCUUUUUCCAGAUAGGUGAACAGCCUUUAGAGGAGCCUCUCUUAGAAGAGGCCAGACAAGAAGGUAGGAGAUCAGCAGCAGAACCUGAAGUUGGCCUCAAUCUGACACUAGAGGUUAAAACUGAGGAAGAUGAGAAAUCAAAAGAAACAAUUGAAUCUCAGCUUCAGUCCCCACCUGAAGGUGAUCAGCUGAUCUCUAAGGCUGAUGCCUCCAAAUCUAAAAUCCCAAAAAUGGGCGUUUCAGCUUCAGCCAAACCUACAAAAAAGGAUCAGACAUCCCCUGAAGGUGUAGAAACUAAAACAGACAAAACUGUAAAUGAUGGAUCCUUAGAUUUAGACACAAGUUUUCCUGACCAAAUGAUAACAAAUGUACAAACAGCAGAAACCACAGUCACUAGAUCUGUUUACUCUGAGCAGGGCCAAGAGUCCUCUGAUUCUUCUCCAGAGGAACCGCAGUCAGUGAUAGAAGCUCCCAAAUCUACAGGCAAGUCUAAACAAAGUGCUUCCAGUAGCAUUAAAAAGACUGCAGGCAAAACACAAGCUAAAUCUGCUCCUCAAGGUUCCAGUAAAUCCACAAUUCACUCUCCAUCUCAUGCAACUUCCUCUUCAACCACUCUUAAGAAAGAGGCCUCAUUCACUUCUGAAUCUAAAUCUAGAAUUCCCAUCAAAGCUAGCACUGUCAAGCCUGAUUCUACUGUCAAACGUGUUGAAUCAACCCAAGAACCCAAAAAACUUAAAGUCCCUGUAAAAAAGGAUACAAGGAGAAAAUCUGAGACAGACGCAGGUCCCUCUGUGGAUGUCAAAACCAAGACACCAUCUUCUAAAGCCAAGAGCUUCUGUGAGGGGGAGUCUACCAGGCCAUCUGCUAAAAAAGUACAGGGUCGUCCCUCGAGUGCUGAGUCAGCAAAAACUAAAGGCUUCCAAUCCAGAUUGCCAGUCCGGGGCAAAAGUGGUCAGCCAUCUCAAUCACCAGCACCCACUAAACAGAAAAGUGAGACACGCAAAAAGUCCAUUGAGUUCUUUGAAGAGAUAAGCGAUGAAGCGGCAAAACUUGUGGCAAGGUUGGCACAGGCAGAGACAGAGAAAGAACAAGAGGCUGCAGCCGGCAACUCAGAUGAUGAGAGCAGUCUCAUUGAUCCAUCAUUCAUAGAAAGCGAAACUUUCCCUGAGAUGCAGUUCCCUCCCCCAGGAGACGUCUUUCCCAUUAGACCACUGUGGGACGACCCUGUUGAGACACAGAUGCAGCGAAUCCCAGAUGAUAAAGUCCAAAGUCAAGUAGACCCACAGGAUGAAGCAGAGAGAAACGAGCAACGGUUGGCCAUUAUAGCCGACCACCUGGGCUUCAGCUGGACGGAGUUGGCACGGGAACUGGACUUCAGUGAGGAGAGGAUUAACCUGAUAAGGAUUGAAAACCCAAACUCACUGCAAGACCAAAGCCAUGCUCUUUUGAAACUCUGGGCAGAGAGGGAAGGAAAGCAUGCCACAGAAUCAACACUGAUCAAAAGACUGACAAAGAUCAACCGAAUGGACAUUGUUCACCUCAUUGAAACCAAGAUAAUCAAGUCCACUCAGGAGGAGACAUCAUCACAUACCUAUGCAGAAAUCGAGCGGACCAUAGCACUUGACCAUAGUGAAGGUUUCUCUGCCCUUCAUGAAGACAUUGACAGCCCCAGGCCAGGCAGGCGCACAGAGACCACACGUAGGAGUCCAGGCUCAGGACAAGAGGUACCCAUGGUGUCAGCAGAGGACCUGUCCUCCAGUUUGUCAUCACUUCAUGAGACGACAGGACGAUCAGAGACAGACUCCACAGCAACAGGCCUUCUUAGAAAUGCCCAGAGAGAGAAACUACAAAAAGAGAUGGAGACAACAUACUCAUCACAAAGAAUAUAUGAGGAACUGACAGACUCGGUACACACGGGCAGUUUUAAACAAGAGAUAGCAGAGGAACUAGGGAUGCUGUCCUCUGAUAGCUCAGAGGAGGAGGUGCUGACCACCAGGGUGGUCCGACGCAGAGUUAUCAUUCAGGCUGAUAACCUACCAGAUAUCCCACCACAGACUGUCACAGAGGAGAAGUACAUAGAUGAGCAUGGGAACAUGGUUGUUAAGAAGAUCACACGAAAGGUGAUUCGUAAAUAUGUAUCUGCGGAUGGCAUGGAAACACAGGAAGUGACCAUUGAGGGCUCUCACCAGGAGACGGUGCAGAUAGAGGAGGGAGACUCUGUCUCCAAAGUGGUGAAGAGAACUGUGCUUCACAGUGAGGGAGAUCAGAAAGAGUUGACCUUCUCGGAGCCCCUGGCCCUGGGCGCCGCCACAGCAUCAGAGUUUGAGAUGGAGCCAGUGCAGGGUCGAAAGGUCAGCAAGGUUGUCAAGACGACGGUGGUGAGAGGCGAGAGGAUGGAGAAACAGACAGGAGACCCCUCGCUGGCUGCAGAUCUCCCCACAGCCAGAGAGGACUUUGAGAAGGCUUUGAGUUAUGCUGGAGGCUUUGGGAAAGCGCUCCUGCCUCAUGUAGUAGAGAAAGAGAUUGUUCAGGACGACGGUUCUGUGGUUAGAAGAAGCCAGAUGCGUAAAUCACGAACCCAGAAGAGGACUGUGGUGAGGGAUGCCCAGGGGAAGCAGGUGCACCUGGAGUGUCUGGACGACACCCCAGACGCCCUGCAGCCCGACGCCCUGCAGCAGCACCUACACCAACUGCUCCAACGCUACUGUGAGGACGACUGGGAGGAGGAAGAGGAGGAGGAGGAGGAGGAAGGAGACGAGAAGGAGGAGGAGAGCUUAGACUGAGCAGCAGCUUCCACUGGUCCUCUCCCUACAUCUUCCACUGAAGCCUCAGAUCAAAAUGUCCCAGAUCCCCUCCCUGUUGUCUUCGCUGAUCACUGGAUUGUUUCUCUUCUUUUUGUCGAAUAAUGGAACAGUAUUUUGUGCUUUAACACUUUUCCUUCCGUCACGUUGUGUUUCAUUUGCUCUUUUUGUGACCAAAGAUAGCACCCUUUGUUUUUGUCGGAUUAUAUUUUCGGUGUUUCACAUCUUUUACCUUUUGGCUGCUGUGGUGUGGUAAAGAUACGACGCACCAAAGGUGGAUCAAAAUCAAAGGGGGCAUCUCGGACGUUUCGCCUCACGCAUGGGCCUCUUCUUGAAGAACUCUUGUAAACAUUUGUAUAUAAAGGAGAUGAAAAAAAUCAUGCUUGGACUGGAAAAAAAAAAGUCAAAAAAAUUCAAAGCAUUUAAUACGUUAGCCCACCUAAACCUGCUGUACAUGCACCGAUUCAGCUGGAGAAAUGGCCACCGUACAGAUGAGAUUAAUGUUACAUGGAGAAUCAAGUGGGAGGAGUGAAAGUGUGUAUCAUCAUGGACUCUUUAUACAGCCAAACAUCAACCUGCUGACCUGUUUACAAAGGCUGUGUGAGCACACCUUUUGUCUUCCCAUGAUGCAUCUGCCCUCUUUUUGUUCAUGUGUCUGUCCUAAUGUGUGUCGUGCAUUCACAUUUAAUCUGUCACAGAGCCGCCACCUUUGUGUGUGUAUAUACAGUGUGUCUAUUGACAAAGAAAGUAGUGAUGAGGAAUGUUUUGAUGCAGAUCGAGCACUUAACCCCGCUGUCCUCGUACACGUAGCUCCUGUCGUCUGUGUUUCACCCUCCACCUUCACAUGUGCUGCUUCUCCUCACCUCAAACUGCAGCGGUGCUCAUAUUACUGUCCUCCAUGAAGCCUUGCCAAGGAUAAGGUUGGCUCUAUUUUUCUUACUGUCAACAAAUCCCAUGAAAAAGCCCAAACCAAUAAUAGAGGUCUCCUGCUAGUAUUGUGUGUGUGUGUGUGUUAUAGCCUGGUGCAUCUUAUCCCUCUGUGCCAUAGAGCUCCACUGUCGUCUACAAGCUAUAAAAACACAUCAGAUAUGACAUGUUCCUUCUUUGCCAUGAACAUAUAUUGGGAUAAUUAAUGGAAUAUUAAGAGAUGUUUUAACUUAAAGGUGCAUGUCACAUAUUUCACACGUCAAAAUCAGUUUCCUAACUGUUGAUGUCAUAGUGAUGUCAAGUUGCAUUAUGGGAAGUGUAGGAACAGUUGUUUUGGAGUAUGGAAGUGCAAUUUUAAAUCACUGGAGUGUCGCUUUUAAGAACCAUAUUAACUCCUUAACCUGUUUUUUCUUUUAAAUAAUUUAUAAUUUAGCUUUUCUGUGGCUUUUUUAUCUGGAAGAGGAAGAACGUUUUUAGAAUUUGCGCUUUUCACUUUUAUGUGUUGUGUUUCAGCAAUUAUCAUAUUUAAAUUGUCUAUAAGUGUAAUUUCUAUUCAGUCACAGCUGUCACUGUGUAUUGAGCAGAAACUUUAAGAUAUACAGAAACCCCAACAAAUGCACUUCUGUUUGAGUAAUGUUUGUUAGAAACUGCAGCGACCAGCCACUUUUUAAAAAAAGAAACUUUAUAUUUGUGAGUUGUGUUUUUUAAGAGUCUUCAAUAGAAACCAAUGUACCUGGAGCUGAGAGUGACAGACGGGGUGGGGAGGUGACAGACUAACACAUUGUUGGUUUGGGAUCUUUUCACGAGAUUUGUUGACACUAAUAAAAUAUAGACUAACACCAGACUUAUCCUUUUAGCCAUCACACAUAACAUAUAGAGGCUUUGCUUUAAUUGCUGUUGUUGAGUUGACUUUUUCUUGUUAUCACUGCUCUCAGAGGUUUGACACAUCAACCUGAAAUCCAAGCAAAGACCGACUUCCACUGACUUCAGUUAUCACAUCUGUACUUCCUUAUAUUUAUUUAUUGCCGUCCAUGUGUGUGUGUGUGUGUGUGUGUGUGUGUGUGUGUGUGUGUGUGUUUGAAUGUAUUCUAAAGCUUAAGUAAAGACAGAUGAAGAUUUUUUGCCAUUGUAGAUGAUUUUGAUGAUUUGUUGAUUUGAAAGUUGGUUGAAAUGCAUUCAGACUGAUUCAGUGUGUUUGGUGUUCAUCUACAGUUGAGACUUUAUCUAUGUAACAAUAUGAUCCUCACGUUGCCAUUUACUUUGAGUGUGAUCCAAUGGAAGAAUAAAAGAAAUGUCAAAAAGACCAUUGAUUUGAUAAAUGAGCAUCUUGUUUCCAUGGUGAUAACCAUAUUAUACAUAUUAACAGUGCAAAUAUCUAUGCGGGCAUGUAUGACUUUAUCAAAUUAUUACUAAAAAAAUAAACCUGAAACGCUAACAAGGCAUAGCAGCUGCAGUGUGUACAUGGCAGAACAAUAAAACUGUACAUGUGUCAAA